AUGAAGGAUUUGGGACCAUUGCGGUAUUUUCUUGGCAUUGAGGUGGCUUCUUCUCCCAAGGGUUACUUUCUGUCCCAAGCUAAGUAUGCUAAUGAGGUUAUCCAUUGUGCCAAGCUUACUGACACUAAGCUGUCUGAUACCCCCAUUGAGCUUAAUGUAAAGCUCAACACUACUGAUGGGGUUCCUCUAGAUGAUCAUACGUUAUAUCGCGAGCUUGUGGGUUGUUUAGUCUAUCUGACAGUUACUCGCCCUGAUCUUGCCUAUGCUAUCCAUGUGAUUAAUCAGUUUGUUUCUGCCCCUCACUCUACACAUUGGGCUGCUUUGUUUCGGAUUCUUCGCUAUCUUCGCAGUACUAUCUUUCAGGGCUUGCUGUUCUCUUCUACUUCUUCCUUAGACUUGGUGGCUUAUGCUGAUGCUGAUUGGGCUGGUGAUGUUAAUGAUCGUAAAUCUACUUCUGGUUUCUUGAAUGACAUGCAGAAGAGACAUGGUGACUAUAAUAGAAUAUAG